AUGGCCGCCGUGCCGCUGCUGCUGGCCGGGCUGCUGCCCCUCGCCCUCUGUCCCGCGCCGGGCGGCGCCUCCCGCCCCAAGCCCCUGCUGCCCAUCCAGCCCGAGAAGGACCCGCUCCCCUCCAAGGGGGCGGCAGGCUGCUCGUUCGGAGGAAGGUUCUAUGCCCUGGAGGACACUUGGCACCCAGACCUGGGCGAGCCCUUUGGGGUGAUGCACUGUGUGGUCUGCUACUGCGAACCGCAGAGGAAUCGCCGAGGGAAACCAACAGGCAAAGUCAGCUGUAAGAAUAUUAAGCACGACUGUCCCGCCCUGCCCUGCAGUGAGUCUGUCCUGCUGCCGGGACACUGCUGCAAGACCUGCCCAAAGGCCUCUCCCAGCAUCCCAGAGAAGAGGCCAGAGCCCAUCUUUGACAGCUUCGAGUAUUUCCAGGAUAAGGAGGACGACUUGCAUAAGAGCUACAAUGACCGUUCCUACCUGAGUUCGGAGGACCUUGCCCGGGACGACAGCCGCACAGACUUUGUGGCCUUGCUGACCAGUGGCGCAGAGCCCUGGCUGCCACUGUCCAGCGCCGUGGCUAAAGCCAGGUUCACCCUCAUGCGUUCCUACCUGCUCUUCUCCAUCAACUACGAAAGGCUGGGCCGGCCGAGCCGCGUCCGCUUCACCGACCCCGACGGCAACAUCCUGUUUGAGCACCCCGUGCAGAAGAGCGUCUCCCUGCAGGACGGCAUGAUCUGCGGCAUGUGGCGGAACCUGCACAAACCCUCCAUCCGGCUGCUGAGGGCGGAGCAGCUCCUCAUCUCCCUGGUCACCAAGUCGCAGCCAGCCGGCGAGAUCCAAGGCCCAAUCAUCAAGCACCGGGCCCUCUUUGCAGAGACCUUCAGCGCCAUCCUGACCUCCGUGGACCCGACCCACAUGGGUACGGGGGGCAUCGCCAUGCUGACCCUGAGUGACACCGAGAACAACCUGCACUUCAUCCUCAUGGCCAAGGGGCUGCUGGAGCCGGCAGACAAAGAAUUCCCUUGGGUCUCACUUAGGGUCCGGAUCCUGCACCAGAACCGGGUGCUGCGUGAGGUCAGGGCCAACAUCACCCUGCAGGACCCGGACUUCGCGGAGGUGCUGAGCGACCUGUCGAGCCGCGAGAUGCUGUGGCUUGCGCAGGGGCAGCUAAAGAUCACGGCGGAGACGGAGGGCAGGCGCCGGCGCCAGAUCGCCGGCUACAUCACUGCCAGGAAGAGCUGUGACACCCUCCAGAGCGUGCUGUGUGGAGGAGACGCCCUGAUGCCAACCAAGACGGGGGCUGUGGGGUCUGCCAAGCUGGCGCUCCAUGAGAACGGGACGCUGGAGUACCAGGUCCAGGUAGCAGGGACGGCGAGUGAGGUCAUCAGCAUCACCCUGGAGACCAAGCCGCGGAGGAAAAACAAACGCAACAUCCUGUUCGACAUGACGCCCAGCUACAGGGAGGGGCUGGCCAGCGGGACCUGGCAGCACAUGAACGCCCGGGACACCCACAUGUUACUGCAGAGCGAGCUCUUCCUCAACGUGGCCACCAAGGACUUUGAGGAGGGGGAAGUGCGGGGACAGAUCAGCUCCCUGCUGUACAGCGGCCUCCUGGCACGAUAUACAGAGCUGCCCAUCCCCCUGGCUGGCCAGCAGGUGUCUCCCCCUGUGCGGACCGGCUCGGCAGGACACGCCUGGGUCUCCCUGGACGAGCACUGCCACCUGCACUACGAGAUCGUGGUGGGCGGACUCGGCAAGUCGGACGACGUCGCCGUUAGUGCCCACCUGCACGGCGUCGCCGAGCUGGGCGAGCGCGGCCACGAGCACGCCCGGCUCCUCAAGGGCUUCUACGGCACCGAGGCCCAGGGCGUGGUGAAGGACCUGGACGCGGAGCUGCUGCGCCACCUGGCCCAGGGCACGGCCUUCCUGCAAGUCAGCACCAAAGUCAACCCCCGCGGGGAGAUGCGGGGGAGGGUGCACAUUCCCAACCAGUGCGAGUCGGGGGGCGUCCGGCUGGCCCCUGAAGAGGACGAGCUCCUAGAAGAGCCCAAGCCCAAGGACCCCGAGCAGCUGAAGAAGGACCCCAACUCCUGCUUCUUUGAGGGGCAGCACCGAGCACACGGCUCUCGCUGGGCCCCUGCCUACGACAGGAAGUGCUCCCUCUGCAGCUGCCAGAAGCGCACGGUGAUCUGCGACCCGAUCCUCUGCCAGCCCCUGAACUGCACCCAGCAGGUUCACCUAGAGGACCGGUGCUGCCCGGUCUGUGAAGAGAGGAAGGCAAGCCAGGAAGAGCUGAGAGCGGAGAAGGCCCGGGACAGCAGUGAGGGCUGCUACUUCGACGGCGACAAGACAUGGCGAGGAGCCGGCACCCGCUGGCACCCUGUGGUCCCCCCCUUUGGCCUGAUCAAAUGCGCCAUCUGCACCUGCAAGGGAGCGACGGGUGAAGUGCACUGUGAGAAGGUGCAGUGCCCGCGCCUGACCUGCAGCAACCCCGUCCGAGUCAGCCCGUCCGACUGCUGCAAGCAAUGCCCAGCUCCAGAGAAGAGCCCCCCUGAGCUGUCGGACAUGAUGCAGGCAGACGGGCCCCGGGCCUGCCGGUUUGGGCGCCAGUGGUACAUGAACAACGAGAGCUGGCACCCAACGGUGCCCCCCUUCGGGGAGAUGAAGUGCAUCACCUGCUGGUGUGUGUCUGGGGAGACCCAUUGCCAGCGCCAGGAAUGUUCCCCCGCUUCCUGCUCCAGUCAUGCCAAGAAGGAGACCCGCUGCUGCGCCCGGUGCCAGGACGUUGCCCCAGAAGAAGCCCAGGAGAAGCUCAGAGCUGACGCCCCAGAGGCCUGGAGCCACUAG